GUAUAAGAAUUCAGUACGUAUCUGGACUAUCAAUUAAAACAAAAAUCAGCAAAAUCAAAAAGUAUUCAUAACAGUCAUUACAGCAUACAAAUUUAAUUUUAAAAAAAUGGAUGCAGUUGUUUUGGAAUAUGUAGUGAAGGCUGACGCCGAAAAAAGGGAGACGAAAAAGAAAAUCGCGGAUCUCGAGAAGGAAUUGAAGGAUGAAAAGGAUCCAAUUCGCUCGAAAACUAUUGAGCAGCAGAUUGAGGAAUUGAAGAAAGAAGAAGUAGAAGCAUUUAAGAGAAACCAGGCGGUAAUGACAAUGUACGCUAAUACAGCGAACUUUGGAACUUGUAUGGGAAUUAUUCGAAAUUUCUAAGUAAUAUGGAGUACGAAAAGGGUGCUGGACAGCCAUGCUAAACUCAGCAGAAAAAAACUUAAAUAACCAAUAAAUUAUAUUAUUUAAUCGAACAAACUGUAUACACAGUUUUGCUUAAAUGUUGAAGGAACCACUAUAUAUGUAUGAAAUCCAAAUAAAUGUUUUCUGCUUAUACCCUGAAAA